UUUUGCAUCCACAAACUACACCUUAUGGCAUCCAGGCCCCCCCAGAAACCCACAGAAUCGCUAGGAGGCUUCAGUGGCGUGUUUAAAAGUUUCACAAAGUCGCUUAAGCCUGCUGUUCCCAGGCCGGAACCUACGCGGCCCGACGCCCGCUCCCCGAUCAACCCCACGGUCAUUGGCGGGGGCACGGAGCAGACAAAAUUCUUUCUGCAGCUCGGUGCAGGCAACUCGCUCAGCCAGCGAAACAAAGCUGUUCUCGGCUUUACCGCCAUCCUCCGCCAUCAGGUGGUAUCGACGAUUCCGGAAAUCUGGUACGCAGCGCACGAUUUACUCCACUGUGACGAUGCGGGUGUGCGGCGUAACACAUUGAUAUUGCUCCAAGUCUGCAUUCUGAAGGAUGAGGACUCGACAUCGGUUGCUAACCGGUUGGUGUACUACCGCGAUAUUGUUGAAAACUGCCAGGUCUCGAGCCCCAGUCGCUCAGAACAGAACGUAUCGAUAGACCAUCCCGAGAUUUUCUCGAUAGAUCCCCUCUAUUCGUACUUUCUCGACGCCCUACGGCUCGUGACUCACAGCGGCCGCAACGUGCACGGCUUUCUCCACGCCCAGACGGGCUUGGCGGCGUUUCUCGCCAACUCCUUGGCUUCUAUGGACUCGACAAAGGCCAAUUCGCCCGGCCUUACCAGUUUGAUGGACUUCAUCAGCCUGGUGGUGGAGCAUAACGGGCCGUUGCUUAGAGAAAACGACGUGGAGCCGCUUCUUCGCGAGACAAUCCACGUUGCAACCCGCGCGGCCGACCCCAAGACCGUGUUUUCCGCUCUUAGGAUUGUCCAGGCGAUGAUGGUACACGCAUACAUUCCUCCGUCGUGCGUAGACCCCGUGAUGGAAAUGCUAAGCGGGGCCUACGGCGUUGAAGCGUUUACUCCGUUGGUCAGGGAGAUCUUCCAGGGGUUCGCGAGCGAUAGCAGCGCUGGUACUGCCACGUUAAUGGCCUUGUGCCACGUAUUGACACGAAACCUGUGCGGGCAAGGGUGCAACGUGAACGUCUGUCGCGGCAGCAUCAUGGCCCUCCGUGAUCUCUUCGUGCCGACCGUGCAUACGUACGAAAAUAGCUUGCUCUAUAUUUUGAAGGCGCUUUCGCAGCUCGUUUCAUCGACAGACAGCCCCGUUAUCCAUCUCGAAGUUUCACGGCUCGUCAACGUGCUCUUUGACACCCCCUUGGACAGCUUCCAGUACUGGUAUUCCUCCAGUGGCGCCUCCAUCCCCGAUGUGUUGCUCGCAAUCACCAUCCUGGGAACAAGCGAAAUGACCUCCAAAAUCGCUGGGGAACUCCGGCCAAUCUUAGCGACCUUGAAGCGGCUCCACCAGCAGAAGGAGUACGUGGGAGACUCGGAACAGCUUCUACGCUUGUUCAUGCGUUUUAGCGUCUUGCCUGAGGACUUGCAGUUUGUUCUCGACUUGGUCACCAGUGAGAACUAUUGCUUCCCGGGCUUCCCGAACUGGAUCCAGAACUGCGAGACGGUGCUCCGGUGCUUCUUCCACAGCCCCAACCAGGACGUGUCGAUACGGGUCCAGACGCUCGACGUCCUCGAGCAGGUGUACGAGGUGGCUUUGUCGCUCGAUGAAGACGGGACCCUUUUCAAGGCCCUACAGGCCAUUAUGGCGGGCUUGCUAACCAAACUGACGCUUGAGACCAACCCUGAGGUAUUGCAGCGGAUGCGAAAGUUCCUUGUCAACACUGGCUUGUGCGUUCCCGAGCAGCUCUUUAGAGACUUUGCUGCCAUGCUCUGCGACUGCUUCCAGAGCCUCCCGCUGGCCACCCGAGCUUCCCACUCUGCCGCCUCCAGAUUGCUCUCUCCCACCACGUCGGCCUUAACUCCAGCGCAGUCGCAGCUCACAACCGUUUCCCAGUCCGACCGGCGCAUCAGCUUGGCCUCCAUUGCCAGCUUGGCCACGUUCCACAGUCAUCAUUCCGCCAAGGAGCCGGGCCCUAAGCCCUUGGAGCCUAUCUUUGUGAUGCUCGCCCAGACGCUAGCAGAGCUGUUUAUCGUCACCAUCACCGCCUCCGCCAGCAAAGCCAAGACGUUAUACGACGCGCUCUGCCAGGUGUCGCAGGUUGCGAUCGAGGCGCUGAAUCUGAACGUCUUGAUGGCCACAGCCCGGGCGUUGCUCCGCAUCCGGUGUACUUGGGAGUUGAGCAUCUUUGCAACCAACCCCAAGGAUAUGAGCGGCUUGGCCACCGCGUUCCAGCGCACAACAGAGGACAUAGAGCACCCAGAGGAGAAGCAGUGGCUAUUCCCAGAGACUAUCGACUACAUCCCCGAGAGCCACUUGGACAAUGUGUGCAAGACGCUCAAACUCUACGACCGAAACUCGGCAAAGUUGCAGGUCAACUCCAUCGACCCCGAGAAGAUGCUUGACAUCGUGUUGCGCAUCUUAGAAACCUACAUUGACUGGGAGAUCUACUCCUUUACGUGGGCCCACUUCUGUCCCCAGCUCUCUAACAUGUUGCUCUUCCAGAACUGCCCGCGGCAGAUUAUCCAGUUGCGUGCCAUUCUCUGCGACCAGUUGCAGUUGAAGCUCCCAGAAUCCUUGAAGUUGCCGUCCGCGAUGACCAAACCGCUUCUUCAGGUGGCGUUAGUGCGGGCGUUGACUCCCCUCCUAGCCUACAACGAGUUAUUUUCCAAGUAUGACCAGGAUAUGAUUAUCCAGUCGUUAAUCGCUGGGCUCUCCUCCUGGGAAAAGACCGCGAUUCCGUGCAUCGACUGCUUGACCGUCUGCUGCUACGAAUUGCCCAUGUCGGUCAAGAAGUUUAUCAACACCAUUUUGACAAAGUUGCAGACCAAGAUCAGCAGUCCGUACGCAAACGCGCACAUUCUCGAGUUCUUGUACGUGCUUGCGCGGUCGCCGGCGCUCACGUCCAACUUCACCGUCGACGAUUUCAAAAGGGUGUUCGGGGUGACAUUCAAGUUCAUCCAGUUCUGCCACGACAGCUCUCGCAGCAUGGGCCUCCUCGACUCCGCGGUGAAGAGAACCGAUAAGGUUCUCACGGACCAUGGCAAAGAUGCCGAGGUGGAGGUGUUGGCCUCGACGGUGGCCACUGGCAUGACGCCUAUUUUCUUACAGUAUUUGCUCGCAUCCUCCUACAACGUGAUUGCCGCGUGGUUCCUUAGCAUGAAGCUAUACGAACGGCAGGAGUUGUCGGCCUUCAUUAUGAAGAAUUUGGUGCUCGUUUCCGGCCCUCUCGAGGAGGAGCUGGACGAGCAGAAUUCGUCGUUCUUGGACUUUAUUUCCCGCUUCACGUUCUCUGACAUCGAGCUUCGCAUGACCGGAACCACUGCCGCGUACCGAUGCGACAAGCCCACUCUCUUGAAGGGGAGAUGGGUGUCGGGGAUCAGUAUCAUAUCGGUUGAAACGUGUGUGGAGACGGGCCAGGCUACUAUUUGCAUCGCCCGGCCUACUGGCUCAUCUGUUUUUCGGUUCGAGAUAGAAACAUCCAUGCAAGCUCAAUGGGUAGAAGAGUUUAAGGAUCUCACUGUCUCACCAGCCGUUGGCGGGAGCCCGGACGAGAAACAGAGCCAGUACACCCCUGAUUACAUAUCCCAGCAGUUGUUUCAGCACGCAGGGAUCCCGGACGACCAGUUGCUCCCCUUGCCCGAUGACAGUGCCACGAACAGAGCCAUCAGCAUGCUCGAGCGCGUGCCUGUGGUGCAGUUCCACAAGGUGGGGGUAAUGUACAUCGCACCCCGCCAAUCGACAGAGGCAGAGAUUUUGGGCAAUCAGGUCGGGUCGGAAAACUACCAAAGCUUCUUGAGCCGAAUGGGCACCUUGAUCAGGACGCAGCACUGCAAGGAGGUGUACAUGGGCGGUCUUGACACCGAAGACAGCGCUGACGGUAAGUACGCGUACUACUGGAGCGAUAAGAUCACCCAGAUGGUCUUCCACGCCACCUCGUUGAUGCCCAACAACCCUGACCACGAUCCGCUUUUCUCCAUGAAGAAAAGACACAUUGGGAACAACUACGUAAACAUUUUCUACGACGAAAGCGGUCGCAACAACUUUGAUUUCAACGUCAUCCGAUCGCAGUUCAAUUUCAUCCAAAUUGUGAUUACCCCGCAUACUCUCCACGAUGCCGACGUGACCCACGGGUCUGUGAGCAUGUUGAACAUCUUGGAGACGCAGCGUUCCUCCAAGGAGCACAUGCACCACUCAUUCAAGGUCAACCUCUACAGACGGUCAGGAGUUCCGGGGGUGUUUUCCACGUGCCAUUUCAAGUUGGUUUCCGGUGACAGGUUGCCCGAGUUUGUGCGGAAUCUUGCCUUGGUGGCCAGCCACUUCGCCAACGUCUGGCACGCAGAUAACCAGAAGUACACAUCGAAUUGGUGCCACCGAAUGAGGCAAAUAGAGGAUUUACGGCAAAAGGCGGGGGCGCAUACGGUUUCCCGGGGAAGUGACGCCUUCAGCAACUAUCCGAGCCGGACCGCCAGUAUCAACGUAAAGUCCUCGGGCCAAACAAAUGAUGGCAAUCUGAAAACAGCUAUAACGUUUUUGGACCAGCUCUCCCAUUUUGAUAGACAAUAGCUUAGGCGAAGGAGCUGCAUGGUUUGGUCAUUUCCCCGUAUGAAUUAACUCGGCCAUCCCCCGUAUCAGUGAGCAGAGCAAGCUCCAAGUCUAAUAUAAGCAAUCCCUCUGGGGCUAGGCCACUCUCAGGUUUAAGUACACGUCGCGGGGAAUUGGUCAUGCUGCAGAUGAUUUCCUUGGGCUCUGGCCACUCCACUUCCAUUAAUUUACAUUAGGGUUCUCCAUCUCUUAAUAUAAGCCCCCCACAGCGUGAUUUUUCUCUGCUUUAUUCAAACCCUCAUAGGAUUUGGUCAUUUAGUUUGCCAUAGGGUUUGGUCAUUUUCAAUUAUAUCAAAUUAAAGCAUGGUCUAUAUGCAUGGUUCGGUCACUCCCCCAUAUAAACCCCUACGGCCUAAGACCGAAUCAUGCGUGUAAGACCAAUUUCCCCA